GACAUUAUCCCCAUUAUCAUUGUUAGACAUUUUUUAAGUGUGAAUUAGCUAGAUUAGAUUAGAUUAGAUUAGUAUCUAGAUGAAACUGAAGCAAAGGAAGAAUAGAGUUUCGUUGUGUGUCUUUGAUUUUUGUCAAUUUUAAUAGGGUGUUAGAGGAGACUAGCAUUUAAGUAGUGUACCCUAUACUUUCCUUCAUCCCAUUCAUUAGUUUCCCCACUAUUUUCUUCCUAUAUCUUUCAUAGAUGUUCCAUUUUUCAUACACAAAACAUAAUCCCCCAACACACACACUGAUUCUAUACAUUUAAAUUAGUUUUUUGCACAAUGCUAUUAUAUGUACAGAUUCAGUAAGGUAGACAGUGCUGAUUUAUUUCCUGGAUUCUGGGCUGGUGUGUAUUAUUCCGCAUAUACCUCAUGCUCGAAUCUGAUUGGUCAGAAUAAGUGCAUUGGCUAUCAUUACUGCGCUCGUUUAAAUGUGUUAUUGUUUACAAGGUAACAGAUUAGGAGAAGGGACUUGUACCUACACAUAAUCUACUACCUACUAAUAAACAGAUAAAAAUUUUAAAUUAUGAACGGCAAGAGAGAGAGAAAAAAGAAAGGCUGCUUCAUAUGCUCAGGAGUAAAGCUGAUUCCUGACACAAGUGCUGACCAUGAGAUGGAUGCCAGUACAGAGCAGACGGACACGUCGCUCCCUCCCGGAUGGACCAGAGAGACCAGACAGCGAAAGCAGGGCAAGACAGCAGGCAAGAUGGAUACUUACAUUAUCAGUCCUGAAGGUAAACGCUUCAGAUCCAAAGCAGCACUUCAGAAGUACCUGCUCUCUGAGGAAUCUGUCCAUCUGAACCUGGACGCUUUUGAGUUCAGCCCAAAAACCAAAGCACAGUCUCAAAAAUCAAACUCCGAAAAACCAAAACAAAAAGAACGAAAAGCAAGGAGGAGAAAAGAUGACCAGUUGCAAGAAAUAAAGAGUAACGAAGAAGAACAAACAUCCAGCAGCGCUGUGCCUGUCAUUAGCGUGCAGGAGGCAUCAGAGAGCGAAGGAGAGAGUGACAACCAACAAACUAGUGCAGCCAGCGGGGGGAUCAGUUCACCUGUCAGAAACACCCAAAGUGAGAAGCGGCGAACCAGUCCAUACUUUAAAAGAAAGAAUGAUGGUCUCACUCCUCCGAAGCGUAAAGCGCUCAGGAAGUGGACUCCUCCACGUUCCCCCUUCAAGCUGGUUCAGGAAACCUUAUUUCAUGACCCGUGGAAGCUUUUAGUGGCCACCAUCUUUCUCAACAGAACUAGCGGGAAAUUGGCUAUUCCAUUGUUGUGGCAGUUUUUUGAGCGUUACCCGUCGGCUGAGGUCACACGGUCCAGUGACUGGAAGCCACUAUCUGAUCUCAUGCAGCCGCUCGGUCUCAAUUCCCUACGAGCCAAAACCCUCGUCCGCUUCUCCGACGAGUUUCUCACUAAGUCAUGGCGAUAUCCUGAAGAGCUCUAUGGCAUCGGCAAAUAUGGAAACGAUUCGUAUCGUAUAUUCUGUGUGGGAGAAUGGAGACAGGUCACCCCAAAAGACCACAAGCUGAACAAGUAUCAUGCAUGGCUGUGGGAGAACCACAAGAAAUUAGGCAUCUGAUGUUUCAUGUUUGCUGGAGCCUCUGGAGACUUUUCAGCAAUUUUUAAACCUGUCAUCUUUUUAAAGCAAACUGAUGUAGAAAAGCAAUGGCUUUUUUUUCUUUCUUCAAGCUGAGAACUAAAAUUCCUUUAAGAAAAAAUAUCCUACUUUCAAGGUGAAUCAUUUUGCCACACCUCUCUCAGAACAAGCUCACUCUACUUGUUUUAAUGGACGAUUGUAAGAGUCUCUGUUCUGAUUUUCAAACUUUUAAUCCUGUGAUAUUUCAAGUGGCCAUUUCAACAUGCACAAAAACCGCAAAAUCUUAUUUUUCAUUUGAUAUUUUUUAUUGUGGCCCAUUUCUCUCUCUCUCUCUCUCUCUCACACACACACACACACACACACACACACACACACACACACACACACACAAAGAAUUAGGUUGAAUCUAUGUCUAUAGCAUGUGGGGGAAAAAAGGUUUACUGUGGUCAUUAUAGGGCAGGAAUAUGUACAUAAUCUGUAUAUUGUGUGUAUAUUUAAGGUUCUUUUUAAUGUGUAAUAAUAUAAAUUUAUAUUUAUAUUAAAGUCCCAGACAUUUAUCCUGUAGCGUUUGUUUGAACAGUCAUAAUCUACUCUUUAUAUGUUUUUAAAAUAUUCCUGGAAUAAAAUGGCCAUUUUCUGUG